AUGUCUGAACAGAAAUCCCGCACUCCCCUGCCUCAGGGCGUCCUCGACCUCAUCCCCCAGACUGAUGUCUGUACGAAGGCGUUGGCUAUAGCGCAGGAUGUGCUCCCCGAACCUAUCUUCAACCACAGCCUGCGCGUCUUUCUCCUUUCCAAGUACGUAGCCGAGAAGGAGAACAGCGAGUGGCUAAAGGAAUCCCGACUGCCCUUGCUCUUCGUCGCUGCUGUGUGCCAUGACCUGGGCGCCAGCGACCUCUACAACGGCAAACAUCGAUUCGAGGUUGAGGGAGCCGACGCUGCCAAGGCGCAUCUCCUUGCGCAUGGAUCGACAGAAUGCGAUAGCCACGAUGUCUGGAUCGCCAUCGCAGUCCACACGAGCCCCGGAAUUGCCGAACGCGUUAGCUCGCUCUCUCGCCUGGUCAGGUACGGCGUCAAGAGCGACUUCUCGCCGGCAUACCGUGACGGACUUGGAUUGGGUCUGGGAGAUUAUGCCGCCCAAAUUGAGGAGCUCCUUCCACGAUUGGACAUCGAGAAAGCUCUGGGAGAUGCCGUGGUGAAGCAGGCGGUCAAAAUUGCCGUGCCUAUCGAUAGCAUGACAUACCCGGAUUCGCAGAAGUUCCCUCGUGGAAGUUGGCCUGGUAUCCUGCUUCGGGCGCACCUGGAGAAUCCCGAAUGGGAUGGCGUUAGCCCGGCAUUUUAA